AUGUCGCUCGCGCUCCUAUGGAAUCGAAUUCUCAUCUUCAUCCUGCUGCUUAGCACAUUACCUCGCAAUAUACUCGCAAGAGUCGACACAUAUUCAGACUCAAGUUCAUCGGCAAAGACAUAUUUUACAAAUCCCCCGUCUAACCCCGACUUGGAGGCCAUCCCAACCUUCGAACUCGGCAGCGUCCAGAACAUCGCCUGGACGACGAAUCUCGACUUCUACAACAUCAGCAUCUGGCAGCGCACUACUGGGAAUGUCUCCAGUCAUGAAGGUGGGAAUGAUGGCGAGAGCGAGAGUUUAAAUAUCAAUAUACAAGGGGGUAAUAUUUUCGCCCAAACCACUGCGGACGAAAGAGUGAAUACCUUUGCUUGGGUCGUACAGACGUACUCACUCGACCUGGCCCUCUCAUCCAUUUUCUACCUUUCCAUUGAGGGAGACGCUACAUCGACGUCUAGAGACUUCAAUAUCACCACCUCGCCAUCAUCUUCAUCAUCCAACUCUUCUAAUACCGCAUCCUCAGCCCCAAAUCCAGCAUCGACAGAAACUUCCUCCUCCCUAACCUCAACCGGCAAAAUCGCUCUUGGGCUCGGUGUUGGCGUAGGCGCGCCAUUAAUCACCCUCCUCGCGAUCCUCGCGUACUUCCAGUAUCGGAGUGGGAGACGCGCGUAUAUGCUAACAGAAUCUCAGUCCCAGCUAUACUCUCACCCACCUUCUGGACUUGGUCUGGGUCUGGGUCUGAGUGGCAUGGGCUACCCAUCUCCCUCAGCCCCAGCUCCAGCUCCAGCAAUAGAUCAACCCGCAGUGCCCUCGUCAAUACCAACCCUAUAUCGGAACCCAAAUCUAAACUCGGUGCAAUAUCCUGCAGAGUUAAUGCCGAGGUUAACGAGACCAGUUCAGUACAAGGUCUGCAUCAAGUUCAACGUCGAGGUCGGCUUCCUCGUCAGCUAG